ACGUAUGUUGGUUACAAUGUUGAGAUCGAUUCUUUCCUACAUGGUUCGUAGUGUUCAUUGGUAUAUCACGCACGUUGAAAACAAAAAAGCCAUAUUAUGGGCGACAAAAGUGAGGAAGAAGAAGAAUCGCUAGAUUUUACGUCACCAAAAUUUGAUCCCCUGAAAGCUUUAUAUUCUAAAAAUGUUCGUCUUCCGAUUCCCAACGCACCAGUUCUUGAUAAUAUACAUAAAUACCGCUCAUCUUUAAACCCUCGUGAGAAAAAGCGAUCAGAAAAGGUUGAUAAGGAUAAUGAACCAGGCCCAUCUUCAGAAGAGCAACCAGAAAGGCGAUUUCUUCCACAUCAGGUGCCAAUCCCAAACGUUCGCCCGCAUCGAGACACGCGUAACGUGUUGUCGCGUAUGAAGAACAUGACUGGUCCUCUUUCCGUGCUCUGGGAGUGUAUGGAGCGCCGUGUCAGAAUCAAGGUGUUCACUCGGAACAUGGUUUUUUUCUACUGCGUCGCGUUCUUGGCGGCGUUCGACAAACACUGGAACCUAGCUCUGGAGGAUGUGCGUGAAGUGUGGACCCGGAGGAAGAGGAACAAAGUGCCAGCCCUAGGUGAACCCAGUGCUGUGAACAAGAAGGAGCUACAGCCGCGUGUAGUUGUGCUCCGUACGGACCGCAAGAACGAAGUAUGUGAACGGCACGUGAACCAACUUUUGUUACGUGGAGAACACGUGGCGCUUAUCUCAGUGCUGGACUCCUGAGGGAACACAACUUCCAUCGUUCCUCCCAUGCAGAUUUUUCAGAAAACUUUAAUAAUAUGAAGUGAUAAUUUCUAAGCAGGCUUCAUAACUCCAUUCUCGUGAAACUGUUCGUUGAAGUUAUGUAAGCUCUUAAAAAUUAUCACAUAUAAAUACAUUUAUGAAAAGAAAUAAUAAACGAUUUUUUCGAUAUUUA